GCGGACGCGGACGAGAGAGCGUCGACGACGGAGACGCGAGAUUCAUCGUCGUCGACGCUGGACGCGCUCAGCGCGACGCUCGGCCGCGACGGGGGCGCGAAAGCGCGUCCAGCGUCGACGACGAGCGAUGGAAAAGGUCGAGCGAGCGAUGCCGCGGAGGUGGACGCCUCGGGGGGGCGAGCGGCGCCGAUGGGGCGGGUGAAGGGAAUCGCGCGGUUCGGCGCGGCGACGGGCGGGACGUACGACGCGCCGCGCGCGAAACCGUUCGCGGCGUACGCGAUCGCGGCGACGCACGCGGUGGUGUUCGUGAUCGAUCUCGUGAUGUAUACGAGCGGACACGGGAACGGUGGGGAGACGUUUUCGCGACUGGCGCUGUUCGACGACGCCGUCGUGUGGGGGUCGCAGUGGGGGCGGGUCUUCACGGCGAGCUUGGUUGAUUUUGGGUUGGUUCACUUCGCGUUGGUGAACGUGGGGUUAGUCACGGUGGGGGCGGAAGCGGAAGCGAUCUUGGGCGGGUGGAAUUUCACGGCGGUGUACGCGUUGAGCGCGGCGGUUGGCGGUUUGGGGUCGAUGGCGCUCGAUUCGACGACGUUACACGUCGCGUCGAGCGAUGGGUUGUUCGGCGUCUUCGGAGCCACGCUCCUGUACUCGGCGAUGAACGUCGAGAACGAGUGGAAUAACCGGGGGUUCACGACGAGACUGUUCCAGUGCGCCGUUUUCGCCGUGGGUUUACAGAGCCUCACGGCGUAUCCCACGGAGAACGGCGCGCACGUCGUGAACUCAGUCGGGCACCUGUGGGGAUUCUUCGCCGGCGCCGCCAUGGGAUACGCCGGUCUCGCGCCUUUGUUCACGUCUGGCAAGAAGUUCUCCCCGCCGCCGAGCGACGGACGCAAACGCCUGACGGACCUUCACGAAGGACCGCGAAAGACGUUCGUCAUCCUCGGUUCCGUCUCCACCGCGCUCGCGCUCAUGAGCCUCGUCGUCAUCCUCAAGCGCUUUUUCGACGUCGAUCCUAGGGAUGUAUUUUAG